GCUUCAUUGAUUUGUGUUUUGAAAUGUCUCUCUUAGCCUGCUACACAUUCUGUAAGUCAACCUCAUCUGAUUUGAGUUACUGGAAUAAGCUUAUUAAGAAUAAAUUACUCAAAGGAAGUGCAGAACAAGCUAUUCUGACAUAUAUAAAUAUGCAAGAACUUGGAAUACAUGCCGAUAACUAUUCUUUUCCAGUUUUAUUGAAAGCAUGCAGCAGUCUUUGUAGUUCUUCUGUUGGGUUAAUGCUUCAUGGCCAAACUAUUAAAGCUGGUUUUUGUGGCCAUGUCUUUGUGCAAACAGCUCUGUUGGAAACGUAUGGGAGUUUAAGAUGUAUUGAUGAUGCUUAUAAAGUGUUUUAUAGGAUGCCUGAGAAAGAUACUGUUACAUGGAACUCAAUGUUAAGUGCGUUUGCUUCUUGUGGGCAGAUGGAUUCUGCUAUGAAAUUGUUUGUCAUGCCUUCAAAGGAUCUUGCAUCUUUCAAUAUCAUGAUCUCUGGGUUCGCAAGGAUGGGGAGGAUGCAUUCUGCAAGAAAUGUAUUCGAUAUGAUGCCUGUUAAAGAUGUUGUUUCAUGGAACUCAAUGAUAUUGGCUUUUACUAAUGCUAAAGAAAUGGAAGAAGCUUGUGAAAUGUUUAAGCAAAUGCCAGUUAAAAAUGUCAUUUCGUGGAACACGAUAAUCACUGGGUAUUUACAUUGCCAAAUCUACUCUGAAGUAGUUGCUUUGUUUGAUGAAAUGGAAGCUGGAAACUGCAAACCUGAUUAUCUUACCGUGACUAGUGUUCUAUCUGCAUGUGCCCAUCUCGGAUCUCUGGAAACCGGCGCAAGAAUACAUAUAUAUGCUAAAGAAAAUGGGCUUGCAUUCAGCCCCCAUGUUGCAACAGCAUUAAUAGAUAUGUAUGCCAAGUGUGGUAGCAUACAACACGCUUUAGAGGUGUUCUAUAAGUCCCAAGUUAAGGAUAUAUACUGUUGGAAUGCCAUAAUCUCCGGGCUAGCUCUUCAUGGUUAUGGGCAUGCUGCGCUCAAACUCUUUGGCUUAAUGAAAGAUGGUUGUAUAAAGGUUGAUGAUAUUACCUUCAUUGGCCUGCUUAGUGCUUGUAGCCAUGUGGGCUUGGUGCAAGAGGGUUGUGAACUGUUCAGCUGUAUGGAAAAGGAGUUUGGAAUUACACCUAAGUUAGAGCAUUACGGUUGUAUGGUUGAUCUUCUGGGACGUGCCGGGUUUCUUGACUGUGCAAUGCAACUGAUUGAAGCUAUGCCAUUUGAGCCAACAGAAUCCAUCUUGGGUGCUUUGCUUAGUGCUUGUGUGAUUCAUCAGGAUCUUGAGACCGGAGAUAAAGUAGUAAGGCUGAUUUCUUCCAAGGCUCAAUACUUGAGCGACGGGGAACUUAUGAUGUUUGCUAACUUAUAUGCAUCCUGCAAUCAAUGGGAAGAAGCAAACAGAUGGAGAUACAUGAUGAAUGAUACGGGCAUUAUUAAAACUGCUGGGUGCAGUUUAAUAGAGGUAGAUGGAAAAUAUCACAAAUUUUUGGCUGGGGCGAUAGGGGAAGAAUCAAAUGUGUUGGUCUAAGUAGAUGCCAGUUCAAAGCACAAUAUCAGAGUCAAUAUUAUUUACUUUAAUAUUAACUUUUGCUUCAAAUUUUAUUCAAUUGAAUUAGCUUCUUGUAUUCAGAUGCAAAUUGCUCUAGCUGCAAACAGAGAGAGAAAGGAGAAAGUUAUACUGUCUGCUACAGAGAUGAUUAGAGUAAAAAAACCUGUGAAAAUAGGUUUUCAGGAUGGCCAGCUGCCAGUUAGGUACCUUGGGGUUCCUGUAGUCACCUCAGACUCCGUUAUACCAACUGUAUGUCUCUCUUGGACAAAAUCGACAAAAGUCUUAACGCUUGGAAAAAACGUUGCCUUUCCUAUGCAGGAUGUCUCCAACUGGUUCUUUCCGUCCUCACUUCUAUGCAAGUUUACUGGGCUUCGGUUUUCGUUCUCCCCAAAAGCUAUUACGAAGGCUAUGGAACAAAAGGUGAGAGCCUUCCUUUGAGCUGGUAAUUACCUCGUGAAAGGGCGGGUUAAGGUGGCGUGGAGUGAAGUCACUAUUCAUAAGGCAGCUUGCGGAUUGGGUAUAAGACCCCUAACCCUCUGGAACUGCACUCUGAUGGUUUGGAGUAUAGUUUCCCACAUAGACUCUUUAUGGGUGAAAUAGGUUCAUACGUUUCGUCUCAAGAAUUGCAGCUUUUGGAAUGUGAAAAUUCCAUGGGAUGCGAGCUGCUGCUGGAGAAAACUUCUCAAGCUAAGGGAUUAAGUAAGACAGCAUUUCGGAGUCACGCUCGGAAAUGGAUAAACUACCUCCUUAUGGUAUGACUCCUGGCAUCCUCUUGGUCCUUUAGCCUUCUCUUUGACUACAACUUCUUUUUUUACUUCCAGGGUAGACCACAAGAUGAAGGUUAGUGAUAUUAUUGUCUCUCGCCGGUGGGUUUGGCCUCGGGAAAUCCAAGAGUUUUCCCUCAUUUUGUGAGACAUGCCCCUCCCGUGCCAAUGUUCAAUACCCAGGAUACAAUCUACUGGAAAACUAGCGAAGGCAGCAAGGUUAACUUCACUUCUAAACAAGCCUGGCAGGAUUUGUCACCAGUUUGUAACUUGGUCCCUUGGAGCUCCCUUGUUUUGACUGGCACAUGCAUUCCUCGGCAUUCUUUUAUCUUAUGGCUGGCCAUAAAAGCACAAAUUGUUAACUCAGGACAGAAUGAGUACAUGGAUGGUUUCGGUAGACUUGAAAUGUGCCUUUUGUGAUGGGCCUCCAGAUUCUCAUGCUCAUCUGUUUUUUAGCCCUCCGUUUACCCAGACUCUCUGGAAAACAGUUCAGCGUAAAGGCAGAUUUAGGGCCCCUUGGGAUAACUGGGAUUCUAUUGUUCUGUGGUGUGCUCGCAGCUUUAAAGGAAAAAAUAGCUGGACUACAGUUGGUCGGUUAUGGCUUGGGGCUGUUGUGUACUACAUUUGGAUUUUGGCAAUAGCGUAAUCUUAGAUUAUUUAAAGGCAAAAGAAGGAGUCUGGACACUAUGGCUAAGCAAAUUGUUGAUGAUGUGAAGCUUAGGUUGUACACCCUAAGAUUCAAAGAUACUGCCAGGGCUCGUAAAGUGAUAGCAGAAUGGGACCUGCCUAUAAGCUGUAUGCCUGAAUCCGUGUCUAAUGAUGCUGGUUUUCUGGUAAUUGUGGUUUUUAUAAUGAAUGAGAGUUGUUUUUAAGCUCAUUUGGGUUUGUGGCUGGUUGGGUAGCUACAUGACAAAGCCUCCUGGGAGUCUCCCUAAGUACAGCAUUUUUAAGGGGAUUAGUUGGAGAGGGGUUCAGAAAGCUUACAACAGGAGUACUAAAGUUGUUCCUUUGGACUAUGGUGGGUGCUGCAGGUAUUUGUCCAAUUGGGAGAAUAUUUUUCUUUGGAUCCAGACGUCCAGUAUACCUUCUGGAGUAAGGUAGCAAUUCAUGAUUGCUGGCAGGGGCAGGAUGUCUUCUGGCGUUGUCCCCAAGCUAGAUUCUGCAUUUCUAAAAUUUGGGUUCUUGUUGAGUGUCUUCUGUAUGCCUAUGACCACUUUUGUAAGUAUGCCUCUUAUGGUCCUUUUAUUUGCUUUAUGAUUAUCAAUAAAGAUUAACUCACAACCUCAUUUUAAAAACUUUCUCUUUCAACCCGACAUAACAACUUGUAAUUAGUCAAUUCAUUGUUAGGUAGGCGAGACCUAUUACGAACUAAUCAAUUGUGAACUAUCAUAUUAAAGUUGUGAGAUUAGGUUGUAAGUGUUGUAUUACACUAUGACUAUAGGCUCAGUUACCUUCAAAAAGUGUGGCAAUACGGGAAGUUGUCAAGGAGCCUAUCAUGUGAGAAAUGCUUAUGGUGAAGAAUAUUUGGUAUGAGAUUAUCUGCCUGCCUUGCUUCUGUUUGCUGGUGCAGACUGUAUGGGACUUCCUGUGGACAGUGACGGAAUGUUGGAGAGGUCUGGGAGGCCUUCUCUGCUUGGGCGUAGCUGGUGAAUUUUGAUAUGGGCUAUUUUGUUUGGUUCUGGAUUAGGCCUGUUUUUGUUUUUUUGUGGGAUAGCUGUGUUUUUUGUUAGUUGGGCUGUUCCUUUUGUACAUGUCAUUGUUUAGGCUUUUGUUCCCUUGAUUUUUU